AUGACCAAUAGCACCAAACCCCCAAUGAAUGGUUUUUGCAAUGAGACCCAUCAAGAGCUCUGUCUGUAUGAGCCCAUCGCAAUCAUAGGCAUGGGCGUGAGACUCCCAGGACGCGUCCAUAACGCUACCGACUACUGGGACCUCCUCGUCAACGGCAGAAGCGGACGUUGUCGAGUUCCAAAGAGUCGUUACAACAUCGACACCUGGUAUGGCAGUGGAAAAGCUGCCCACGUUCCCAGCGAGUUUGGCUAUUUUCUCGAUGACAUCAACCUGGCCCAUGUAGACCCUAGCUUCUGGUCUUUCACAAAGCAGGAGGCCGAACUCAUGGACCCCCGGCAACGUCUAUUCCUCGAAGUUGCUUAUGAAGCCCUUGAGAAUUCAGGUUCCACGAGAUGGAGAGGUUACGAUGUUGGGGUCUACGUUGGAACCAUGGGAGAAGACUGGAGUCAGCUUGAGUCUCGCGACAGUCAAAGCCUCCAACAGGUUCGACCUGAUGUGUAUGGAGACUAUAUCAUUGCCAAUCGGGCGUCGUAUGAGUUUGAUCUUACAGGACCGAGCGUCGUUGUUCGAACUGCAUGUUCCGCAUCUCUUGUUGCACUGCAUCAGGCAUGCCAAGACCUCCACAGCGGAGACUGUUCAUCUGCCAUAGUUGGGGGUGUCAACCUCAUCCUCAGCCCUAAGGACACCAUUAUCAUGCAGCAAAACGGAGUGCUGUCUCCGUCAGCAGCAUGCAAAAGCUUCGACGCCGAAGCCGAUGGAUUUGCGCGCGGUGAAGGCGUCUCUGCCAUUUACAUCAAGAAGGUGUCGGAUGCAGUACGCGAUGGCGACCCUAUCAGGGCAGUUAUUCGGUCAACCUGCACUGCGGGAAAUGGCAGAACCCCAGGACUGACGACGCCGAACCCUGAAAUACACGAAAGGCUCAUGAGAAGGGGACACAAGAUGGCUGGGAUCACCGACUUGUCCAAGACCGCGAUGGUAGAGUGUCACGGAACUGGUACUUUUGUUGGGGAUCCCCUGGAAGUCAGUGCAGUGGCCAACAUCUGGGGUGAUCACGGCAUCUAUAUCGGCUCAGUCAAGCCAAACAUCGGUCACGGCGAAGGGGCUUCUGGGCUCUCCAGUGUGAUCAAGAUGGUUCUGGCAUUGGAGAACUCCACCAUACCACCAAACAUCAACUUCAAAACUCCUAAUCCUCGAAUUCCAUGGAAGAGUGCCAAACUCAGAGUUCCCACAGAGCCUGUACCCUGGCCAACUGAUAAAGAUCAGCGGGUCUCAAUCAACAGCUUUGGUAUCGGUGGUUCGAACGCUCACGUGUUGCUGGAAUCUGCCUCUUGCUUUGGCCUAUCAACUUCCACCCUAACAAACGGCCUGAGCUCAGGGACUAACGUUCCAAAACACCAACUCUUGCCACUUUCCGCCACACAUCCUGAGUCAAUCAGUGUUAUGGGCCUCAAGGUUCAAAAUUAUUUGAGUCACAAACCUGCAAGCUUGGGCGACGUCGCACACUCAUUAGCAUCUCAUCGAGAGACACACCCAUAUCGAGCUUUCUGUGUGACCGACGGCUGCAGUUCCUUUCAGGUUUCAUCAGUUGUCAAAGCAACAACGGCCCCGCCAGAUGUAGUCUGGGUCUUCACGGGUCAAGGGGCCCAAUGGGCUCAAAUGGGCAAAGAACUUCUAGAGCAAGAGGGGUUGUUCAAAGACAGGAUCGAUGCCAUGGAUGGAGUUCUUGCAGGUCUUCCAGAUCCUCCACCAUGGACACUACGAGGUUGGUAUAUCUACGAAACUUGCUGGAAUCCCACUGAUAAUCUGGACCUCUCAGAAUUACUAUCUGCCCCGAAAGGAGAGAGUCGCCUCCAUGAAGCAGAGUUUUCGCAGCCAUGCUUGGUUGCGAUUCAAGUCGCGCUCGUCGAUUUGCUUCGCUCAUGGGCCGUUGUGCCAGCUGCAGUAGUGGGACAUUCUUCGGGCGAGACCGCUGCUGCCUAUGCGGCUGGUGCAAUUACAGCUGAAGAGGCUAUCUUGAUCGCCUAUCACCGUGGUCAGAUCACUCGUCUCAUAAAAGCUGCACACAAUGGCAGCAUGGCAGCAGUUGGUCUUGGCAGAAAACAAGUUGGGCGGUUUCUUCGCCCAGGUGUCAUCAUCGGCUGUGACAAUUCUCCGUCAAAUGUCACUCUGUCUGGCGAGAGCGAUGUUCUUGAGGAGAUUCUUCUGGAGCUCAGCUCUAAGCACCCAGAUGUUCUCGCCCGGAAGCUCCGCGUUGAGUGCGGAUACCACUCUCAUCAUAUGAAGACUGCCGCCGCAGAUUUCACAUCCCGUCUGGAGGGACUGCUUCAGAACAAGGAGCCGCGAAUCCCGUUCUAUUCGUCUGUGACAGGAGAGAAGAACACAGACAUGUCUCACACAUAUUGGGUCCGUAACGUCAUCUCGCCUGUUCUGUUCAAUACAGCGGUACAAGGAGUCCUAGACGAUUUCAAAUCCCCAAUUUUCGUCGAGCUUGGCCCUCACUCCGCCCUUGCCGGGCCUAUCCGUCAAAUCCUGAACUUCAAAAACAUGCCUGCCCAAUACAUACCGACGCUGGUGCGCAAUCAGGAUGCCAUUUCAGCCGUUCUGAAGACUGGAGGGGAGCUCUGGGUGGCCUGCAUCAAUAUUAACAUGGCUGCCGUCAAUCCACCGGGACAGUUUCUAACAGAUCUUCCGACAUAUCCAUGGCGCUACGAUGAGGAGUAUUGGCAAGAAAGCAGAAUUUCUCGCAGUUGGCGCUUCAGGACAUUCGAUCAUCACGAACUUCUCGGCUCUCGCGUCGAAGAGAUUUCGGACGCCUGCCCCGCUUGGAGGUGUAUUCUACGGCUUGAGGAUGUUCCAUGGCUGCAAGAACACGUCAUCCGGGACAACAUCACACUUCCUGCCUCUGGUUUCAUUUCUAUGAUAGGAGAGGCUCUGAGGCAGCUUCACGGGUUCGUGGACUUUACACUGGAAGCUGUGUCCAUGGAAGCAGCUUUGGUUCUCGAUGAAAAGCCAGUCGAGGUUGUGACGAUACUCAAUCCGUCAAAGUCAAAGACUUCGAGUAAGAAGAUCGUUUACGAUUUCUCAAUAUCCUCACUUGCAGAUGGGAGUGAAGUAUGGGUCAGCCAUGUAUUUGGCCAGUGCAAACCCGGCUCAGAUCGGAGGCAUGCUGUCCCUGACAUGCCUAUCCUACCACGUAAAGCUUCAGCAAAUUCAUUCUACAACACUUGGAAAAGACAUGGUCUGAACUACGGUUCCAACUUCAGGGGCUUGUCCAACGUCAUUUCACAUGUUAGGGAAGCCAAGGCUUUUGCAACACUGGAUAGCAAGCUCGCAGGCUACACCAAUUCGCCCUAUUCGAUUCAUCCAGUUACUCUCGACACAAGCAUGCACGUGGCAAUGAUAUCCGAGGCCCGUGGUCUGGAGCGAAACUUCCAAGGUCUAGUUGUUCCCACUUACAUCCAAGAGGUGUAUGUUGCUCGACCAACCGGACAGAUCAAUGUUGUCGCUAGGGCCGAUAAUGAGGCUGAAGUAAUUGCCAAGAGCAAUAUUGUUGGAAUUUCCGAUGGACAAGUCGUGAUCAAGAUCUCUGGCUUAGAGGUCACUCAACUCUGUGGAGUUACCAGUGACCAAGAAGCAGAAGAUCCUCACGCUGGUGUCGUUUUGAACUGGAUGCCAGACAUUAACUUCACGAAGCUGACUCAACUAUUCCGCCGUCGGGAAAUGGAUGCCAGUUUCAACGUUUUGAAUGAACUGGUCUUGGCCUGCAUCGUUGAUCUGAGAACUCAGCUUCAGUUCCUUCCUGCCACGCAACCUCACUUUGUGAACUACAAGAGUUGGCUUGAUGCGUCAUAUCGCAAGGCUAUGACUGGGCGGUACGCAGAUGUCCUCAACGCUUUCGACAUCGCAACGAUGAAUCACAAGGCAAGGCUCGAGGCUAUCGGUAAAAUGGCAGAGUCUUGCAAGCGGACUCCUGCGUUGGACGCCUCUGUGUCGAUAUUCCGCGUGCAUACCUUUGGCGCAGACUGCUUCUCCGGAUUGCCCCAUGCGAUGAAGCCACUCGCACAGCCCAGCCAUUUCGACGGAGUUGCCAACCUCAUAGCUGACGUAGACUUCACCGACUUUGUUCGACUUCUAGGGCACAAGAACCCAGGGUUGAGAGUUUUACACAUAGGCGCGAGAGAGAGCGAUGACUUGCUAUCGAAGUUAUUGUGUUCCAAUGACAUCAACUUUCCAUAUGGUAGCUACGUUUAUACCGGCGCUUUCUCAAAACCGCCGAAUUCUUUGAGAAGCUGUUUCGAGUCAGCACCGGCUGUUACCUACAAGCAGUUCGUGAUGGACGUAGAUCUAUCAUCACAGGGCUUCUCGGAAAAAUCAUUCGAUCUCAUCAUCUCCGAACCUACGCUAUCCUCUUUCUCGAACGUCUCCAUAAUCAACAUGCGAAGACUGCUUAGUCCGCGAGGUCAUCUGAUUCUUCAACAUGCGAACCCCGAAUCCAACCUUCUUCGAUUCGCAUACGGGCUAUCUACUAACUUCGAUUUCGGCUACGGCUCCCUGGGCAGUCCUGACAUAUUGCUGAACCAACUAAGUCACGCUGGCUUCGACAAUGUCUCAACCUUUACCUUCGCAGGAGAGCAUGGUAGGGUCACUGUCGCCACACCAUUUGCUGACUUCCCAAAAAUGAGCAAGACCAGCAUCAUCUGUCAAGACCCAAGUCAUCAUCUGGUUGUUGCAGCAACAAGCAACUUAGAAUCCCGCGGUAUUUGCCCACAGUUCUUUUCCCUUGGGCAGGAGCUGCCCCAUGGUCAGGCCGUCGUGUGUUUGUUAGAUCUGGAAGGCCCCUUCCUUCAUGACAUGGAUAGCAUCCAGUGGGAAAACCUUAAGAAGUCUUUGUAUUCUGCGCAGGAUGAGAGAUUCCUUUGGAUCACUGCAGCCUCUCAAAUUCACUGCAAAGACCCAAGGUACUCUUUGACACUGGGUGUGACCCGCAGCAUCCGGAGAGAAUUAUCGAUUGACCUGGUCACCCUUGAACUGGAAUCUUACGACGGUAGCGGAUGGAAUGCCAUGACCACUGUCUUCGAGUCUCUUGGCGACCGAAGCAGCAUUGACGGCACUAAGGCGGAUUCUGAAUAUGUCAGCUCCGGGGGGGUGAUUCAAAUAUGUCGGUUCCAUUCUGUCAAGGUUUCCGACGACCUACGCCAGCGAUGCGAGGGUGCACCCAAGGUUUUGAGGAUGAAGAAGCCCGGAAUUUUGCAAUCUUCAACAUGGGAAGAGUCAGAAGCCACGACGCUGAGCGAUGAUCGUGUGGAAGUCUCAGUGAAAGCUGUUAGUCUGAACGCAGAGGACUCAAAAUUCUCAUCGGGUGACUUAAAAGAUAGCAGCAGCGCCUGCGCCAAAAUCGGCCUUGAAGGUAGUGGUGUUGUGACAGCUGUCGGGCCAAAGGCCUGUCGGUUCCGAGUGGGUGAUCGUGUUGCGUUUAACCUCUGUAGCUCCUUGGCCACCACAAUCAUCGUCCCGGAGUCUCUUUGUGCAGAUAUUCCACACGAAAUGACAUUUGAAGAGGCUGCUUCGUAUCCUUACUCUUAUAGCACGGUGCUUUAUGGACUUAUGGAGCUUGGCAGGUUGAGGAAGAACCAGACUCUUCUGAUUCAUUCAAAGCCAGGUGCUCUUGGUUUAGCUGCUAUCCAAGUCGCAAAAAUGGUCGGUGCAGAGAUGUUCUGCACGACGGAGAAUGCGACACAAGCCCGAUAUCUGCAGAAGUUGUACGGUAUUCCGAGCAACCGUAUCUUAAGCUCCGAUAUCACCUCAUUGGUGCCUGAGAUCCUACACGAGACAAAUAGCCGGGGUGUGGACAUCGUCUUCAGCACGCGUCCUGAAUCUAUGCAGGAGAGCUGGGCAUGUCUCAAGCCGUUUGGAACGAUGGUACAAGUACGACAUGGUGGAGAUCAAAUGGCGGAUACUUUGAAGAGUUGCCGCAACCGAACUUUGGUGAACAUUGACCUCGAGGAAAUGAGAGUUCACCAGCCCGAGGAGAGUACUCGUCUUCUGGAGCAGGCAUUCUUGUUCCACAAGUUUGGACUCAAUAAGCCCUCGCAGCCCAUUACAGUCUUUCCAGCUUCUGACAUACUGUCAGCUUUCAAGUACUUGCAAAGUGAAGGGCGUAUCGGCCAAAUUAUUAUCAAGAUGCCCGAGAGCAACAUAGAGCUCCAAGCUCUUCCCUUACGACGAAGUUUAUCUCUCCGUUCGGAUAGAACCUAUGUCAUCGUCGGCGGUCUUGGAGGAUUGGGUCAAGCCACCGGAAGAUUCCUCAUCGAAAAGGGGGCUCGUCAUUUGAUAUUCUUUUCCAGAUCUGCCAAAGAUGUCGCCCACUCAGCAUAUUUCAAGGAGCUUGAAUCUCUAGGCUGCACGGUUCAAGCCGUUUCUGGUAGUGUCAACGAGAUGACGGAUGUGGUGAGGAUGGUUGACUCAGCAACUACUCCGAUUGCUGGGGUGUUACACGCUGCAAUGGUACUUCAGGAUGUUCACUUCGCCGACAUGACUUUUGAGCAAUGGCAGACUGCCGUCUCACCAAAAGUACAAGGAACUUGGAAUCUCCACUACGCUCUCCAAGCACAGAGAGAUCCUCUUGACUUCUUCUUUCUCUUCAGCUCCCUCUCGGGUUUGGGAGGACAGAUUGGACAGGCCAAUUAUGCUGCUGGGAACGCAUUCCUCGAUGCGUUUGUUCAGUACCGGCAUUCUCAGGGUCUAGCAUGUUCUGUACUUGAUAUUGGCAUCAUGGAAGACAUCGGUGUUCUUGCCAGGGAGACCAAUCGCCUCGAAGCUCUUCGCUUGACUUCUCAGCAUUGCCUUCAUGAACAGGACCUCCUUGAUGCCAUGGAGUUGAUGAUUGAGAGAUCUCAAGCGAAGAAGAGGACUCAUACGCAGCCCUUAUUGCAUUCGAUGGAAGGCUACUCAAAUCCGAGUCAGCUUGCCAUCGGAAUGCGGUCUUCGUCUUCCAUAAACAGAACCGGUUGGCAGCAAGAUCCGCGUGCCGGAUUCCUAGCAAAGACUGUGUCUGUAGACGGUCCUAUCGAUCAGCACACAUCAGAAAGUACUCUGAAAGAUUAUCUUCAGAGAUGUGUGUUAGAUCCCUCGCAGCUGGAAUCAGACGAGGCGAAACACUUCCUGGCUGGGGAGAUUGGUGCAGCAUUGCGGGGCUUCAUGAUGCGACAAGAUGAGGACGUCGACCUGACAAUGCCGCUGCAAACGGAUUCCUUGGUCACAGUUGAGCUUCGAAACUGGCUGAGACAAAAAGUUGGUGUAGUCCUCAAUGUUCUCGAGAUGAAGAGUGCAGCGAGUGUGAUCGCGCUGGGUGGUUUGGUGGCGAUGAGACUUUCGGCCGUGUACAGAAAUCGUAUGCAAGAUGUGGGCAUCAGUUGA